CUUCUUACGUUUAUCUUAAUCGUCUCAUUCAUUGUGUUUUCAUUUUACUGCUGAAAAAUGAUGUCCAAGGCGCCAAGGUGGCCUGGGAACCUGGUAAACUCUAAGACCAACACACCUGCACAGAAGAUGAAGGAUCCAGCAGCAUUAACAGUACCUGCAUCUAGUAGAGCUAAACAGGCUGGCUGCCAGACGUCUAAACCCAGCGUUAGUUGUGGAAGGAGCAACAGCCUCAGUGGCAGAGGCAGUGAUUCAACUGCUAGUGGCAGUAAGGCCGGUGGCAGUUUGAAAAGAGGCAGCCUCGGCCACCAGGGUAUCAGAGCAGCAUCUCGCUCAGCCAGACCAGCUCUCCGCCUCUGCAGCAGCCGGAGCUUUUCGUCCCUCCACACCUCGUCUCUCACUGCUGCUCCGUUCAUGAGAAGCAGCUGCUCUCUCAACAGACUCAACCAAAGAUCCACCGGAGAUGAUUCAGACCAUUCAGUUCCAAGUUCACAAGUAACAAAACAAACCGAUGAAAAGAAAGAACUGAAUUCUGGUCAGCUGUCUUCCUCUGAGGAGCAAAUCAGGGACAACAAAGACCAGUGUCAUGAUGAUGAAGUGGAGAGAAUGAAAACAAGCAGCCCCUGUGAGCCACCAGAGUCUUCCUCCUCUUUGGUUUCCACCACUGCAUGUCAUCAUCAUUGCAACAAAGUAAAGAAACAGACCAGAGAUGGAGUCUACACACUCUGUGCGAUGACCUCUGGGAUGAGACGCAACUGGGUCCAAGCAGUGUUGAAGAAUGUGCGGCCCAGUCUUACACCUGACGUCACAAGCUCCCUUUCACAGCAUCCAGACUCGCAGUCAGCUGAGGAUCUGCAGAAAGCUGAACACCCAAACAGCUUUUUGCAAGAGGACAAAACCAGUGACUGUGCAGAGGAAACACAUCAGCAGCAGAAAGAAGAGGAACCGCAGCCAGAGACAGAGCAAAGUUCUGCUGAUGGAAGCUCAGUAUUGUCCACAAUCGGCUCCUCUGCUCCGUCUCCCAUCAGUCCUCCUCGGCAAGUGGAGGAAGGUGAGGGUGCUUCCUGUCUUCAGUGUUCGCUUCUUGAUGCAACCACACUGACUGGUGUGACAGAUGCAUCAUCGUGUGUUGAUGGAGCUGGUGACAGCUCUACUUCCACUUCAAUGCUGUCAAAUGUUGAGUGUUUUGAUGAACAUUCAGAUACGCCGAGUAAAACUGAGCAGAGUUGGCAGCAAGUUAAAACCCCACCCCGCAUCGACAAGCAGCAAGUAUCAUUAAACGUCACCCGUGAGAGCACAAAAGAUAACGAUCAAGUUCCCUGUGAGCAGCAAACUGGGCAACUUGUUAAAGAGCUGGAACAAACACAGAAGGAAUUGUCUCGACUGCAGCAGUUAAACAGUAAUCUGCAGGAAGAGCUACAACAAGAGAGACCGAGGCAUUCAAGAGAAAGGGUUCAUACACAGAAUGAUCUUCUUUCAAACUCCGACUUGGAACAAGCAUUGGCUUUACAGCGACUGCAGAAGAUAAACCAUGACCUCCGCUUUGAGCUGGAGGCUAAAACUAGGAGCCAUGAGAAAGCCAGGGAAGUUGAACUGCGGCAAAGGGUAGAUGUCUUAGCGCAACAAGCACAAUUACUUGUCGCAGGUGAUGCCACAGCACUUGCACAAGCCCAUCUGGAGCAAGAUCGCCUGCGUUUUCAUGAGCAGCAGACGGAGUGGGAGCGUUGCGUGGCCUCCCUGAAGUCCCAGCUGAGUUCCAGCGAGGAGAAGAGGGGGGAGGCUGAGGUGCGCUUCACACAGCUGCAGCAGGAGUUGCAGAGUUACCAAAGUCUCCAACAGGAGGCUGAGCGCUUGCACAAACAUCUUCAAGAGGUGACAACUGAACUUCGUGCCAAUGAGGAAGCGCAGGCUCAAAAAGAGGCUCGCCUGCAGAAGCACCUCACGCUCCUUCAAGAAAGUCAGGACAGAGAACGGAGGAGCUUGGCCUCCAGCCUGGCACAGGCAGAGCAACACUCAAAAGAACUACAGGAGAGACUGGACAGAGAUGAACAGCAGGAGGGCCUGAACAAGACUCCGACAUGGACCAGUGACAUUGAGGAGGCUCAACAACAGCUUCAAGAGGAGCUAGCCUGUACACUAUCUGCUGUGCAGAAACUUCAAGAGGAAAGAGAGCAGCUCGAUCAUCGCUGUCAAGAGCUGCAGAACCAGUUAUGUGAGGCAGAUGGGGAGGUGAGCAGGCUGCAAAGCCGCUUGGAAACCGAAGAGACGCACUACUACAAUCUUGAGCACUCAUACGAGAGAGUUAGCGAGGACCUGCAGCUGGCCUUAGGGAAGGUGCAGCAAAAUGAUUCUGCAACAGAGGACAUGCGAGAAGGCUACGAGAGGCUCCUGGACAGGAAGGAGCAAGAGCUGAGUGAAGUUUUGCUGAAGAUGGAAGUCUUAGGUAAUAGCCUGGAGGAGACAGAAGUGAAGCUGAAUGACGUGUUGAAACGUUGCACCAGUAACUCUUCUCAACCAAAGGAUGAAUCUUUAGACUCUGAUCAGCAAAAUGAGAGACGAACAACUGAUCACGUCACUGUAGGUGACAGCAGGCCAAAGGAAAUAAACAGUGACCCAGAAAGGUUUAUGUCUGUGAUCCAGAUACUUGAAACCAAGCUUUAUGUAACAGAAGAGAAGCUAAGGGAUAUCAUGCAAAGACUGCAGGAGCACCACAGUCACACCAGCUGCCAGGACCCUCACAUUUGCUCCCAGCUCACUCGGAGCCGAGCCAGUGCUCAGCACCUCAGUCUGCUUCUUCACAGUCAGGCCAAGCAGAGCCAGCGCUUCGCCCAGGAGACAGAAAACCGCUGCAGGAUGCUGGUUGGUAGGUUUCAGCUCGCACUGAACAUCAUACAUGUCUGCAGAGGGAGGCUCCGGGCCACUCCUAUUAAUAUUACAGACUUUGAGAAGCAACUAGCCACCGUUGCUGCCUGCCUUCAGCAAGGAGAGAAAGUUGCAGAGAAACAGCAGCAUGAAUCACACAACGCCAGCAAAGGAGAGGGCAAGGUCCUCAAUGACGAGACAUUAGCUGAGAGCAACAUUAGUGCUAAAAGUAAACCCACUAGUACGUUGCCCUCGGACGAUGACGUGGAAAGUGUUGGCAAGUGUUUAUUGAGGGAACUAUUUGUUGUAGAAAAAAUGGUGUCUGUCCUUCAGAGUCAACAUGACAUUGUGCAACAAUCCUUACCACCAAGAGAGGAUGGGGGGGAUUUGGCACACAAGUACAAAAGCAUAAUCGCGCAAAGAAUAGCUUUAAAAACAAUAAAAAGGACCCAUUCUGGGGGAGCAGAAUGUGACAACAAUGAAUGUUUAGAGAGGGCCAUCGGUGGAGUCUGUGCUGAAGCGGAGCUCAUUUAUGCUGCCUUAAAAUUUCAGCAGCAACAUGAGAGCGUGACUCAAGUAAAUAAUCAAGAAGUGGAAGAAGUAGAGCUUCAAAGUAAUAGUCUGGCAGAUAUCAAUCCCCCAGAGUUGGCUCCUUAUGAGGAGCAAGUGCAGGGAGAGGAUAAAGAUUCAGAAGGAGCUGCUAAACCAGUUGAAAAGGAUGAAUCUGAUGUUCAAAAGAUAGAGGCAGAGAAAGAACCAGAGUGGUUGGAGAGAUUUAUAUCCCGGUUGCAGAGAAGGGCUAAUUUCUUACACCAACUCUGCCGGGAGGUUUCUGAUGGCAAUGCAGUAGAGUGCAGUGUGGAUGGUAACUGGGAAAAUGCUUCAGCAGCUGACUUAAAUUGGAUGCAGGAGCAGGCAAAGUUAAUUUAUCUGUCAGACAGGCUGCACUCAGAUUUAGAGCAGCAGCAAAGUGUGGUGUUACAGGACAAACUGCAAGCUUUGUGCAAAGAGCAGGAUAUCACAUUAAAGGAUGAGCAGGAGACUUUUAAUCACACCUUAUGUCAGCUUCAGGAGGACAACAUUGUAUUAAGAGGAGAACUAAAGCGUGCAGAGCAAAAGAUAAUAUCUGUAGAGACUGGGAACCAGAGACUCCUGGAAGAUAUACGGAAGAUCAACGGUUUCCAUGAGGAACGGAUGAACAAAAUGGAAGCUGAGUUUCAAGAGAAGAUAAGGGAACUGCAACAGAUCCACGAAGAGGAGAUGAAACACGUGCAUGGUUAUUACACCAAGUCUUCCAAAGAGAAACAGACCAGAACAUACUCCGAAAGUACCUCUGCCCUAACAGACCAGACUGUGAUGGAGAGAAAAACGAUGCUGACAGAUGGUGCAGCAGCCAUGAGAGAGGCUUAUCAGAAAGAUCUUGAAAAACACGAGGCAUCCUGUGAUCAAGAAUUCGCUGCCAUGGAGGAAAUGCACAGGCAGCUGAUGGGUGAUCUACAGCAGCAGCAUCGGACGGAGGUGGCUGCACUUCUGAAGGAGAGAGACAAGCUGCUAAAGGAAGAGACGGCUGCCACAAUGGCAGCCAUUGUAGCGAUGAGGAGAGCUCAUAAACAGGAGCUGGAGAAAAGCCGACAGUCUCAGCACAUGAAGGAGAGCGCUGACACCACACAACUGCACAUCGAAUAUGAGAAGGAGAUCCGGUUGAUGCAUAAAGAGCUCGAGGUGUUGUCGGUUCAGCACACUCAGAAAUGCCUGGAAAACUCUCAGCUGAGCCAGGACCUGCAAGAUGAGAGACAGUCCUUGAUUCAUUACCAAAAGGAAAACCAGGAGCUCAAAAAUAUGCAGAGAGAGACAGAUGAAAUGUCUCAGCUACAUUUCUCGCGAAAUGAGAAACAGUCACAUGUUGCCCCUCCAAUAAACGACUUUUAUGAGAUGGAGGUGAUUCUGCGGGCGAGGGAGGCAGAAAUGCAGUUUCUCAGACAGGAAGCUUGUUCUCUCCAGGAAGACUUGAAGAUUGCUCGAAUGGACAAAAUAUACGCCGAGAAAAAGCUCAAGGCCCUCUAUAACAGCCAGGAUGAAUCCCAUCAUGAUGUCAACAAACUAUUGGAAGAUGUCAAGUCCGCCACUUGGUCUCCAAGCGGACACGCUUCAGGACGGUCCCUCGAGGACACUGUGACAAAAACAAGUAAUGCUGCUUUUCUGAAGAAAACAGUUAAAUCAACCCUCGCACGUCAGAUCAGAGUGGGAUCAAAGAGUUUAAAAGACGGCCUUUCUGUCCAAGAAAGAAUGAGGUUGUUUGAGUCAUUCUGAUCAAAACAAGAUGAGAAGGUGGAAUCUGUGUUUCAGAGUAAAACUGCUGUUUGGUCAGUGCAGUUUGAACACAGACAAUGUAUCUCUGUCUAGUUUACAGAAGAUGUGUAUGUGUUAUAUUAUGUUACUUUUUUUACUGUGUAGAAUGUUGAUUUGAUGUUUGUUGUUGAUGUGAUAUGUGCAAAAUACGUAUUUGUGUGUGUGAGAGGGAGAAAGAGAAAGGAGCAUCAGAAUACCACUAGAGGGAGCAACAAACACUGACUUUUCUAGAUGAACAUUUUUAAAAAGUUACUAUAUAAUAUAAGACAGUAAUAACAAAGACAUUAUGUUUAUAUUUUGGACAUCAGUGCAUUGCACUGUGUAACUUAUAAACACUAUCUGUGUUUCUAUUAGAAUUACUGUGUGGCGUCCGUUAUAUAAAAAAUGUUAUUGACAUAUUGUACCACUAGAUGUAGCAUAAUACAACAUGUACCCUGCCAGCAAAGACGACUUCUGAAACAGAGGUGAUGUCAGUAACUGUUUUAAAAUCUGUUCCGCUGACAUGCAGCCGUUUUAUUACUAGAAAUAUUUGAGCUGCAAAAGGUCAAUCAUUUUCAGAAGGUUACUGUCUUUGAUAUCAGUAUCUGAACACAUUAAGCUUGAUGUGUGAAUAUUUUGUAUUCUGGCAACAUUGUUAUAUAAAUUCUGACAAUAAAGUAUUUUCCUGAUA